GAGAAACAGUUAGUUUCGAAGAUUGGAUUACAGAUCUUACACACUCAAUAUGUGGAGGUACUCCUAUAUUUUAUGGCUCUUCACUGUUUGCGGACUGUGGGGAACUCAAGCUCAAAACCAGGAGCCAAGCUUGCUUGAUCAGAUAGCCAAUCACCAGCAACAGUGGUUCAGAUACACAGCGGCAAAUCAGGCUGAAGCUAAUGCAAAAAUAGACAGACUAAAGGAAAGCAUAGAAGGCCAACUACAGGCGCAACAGGUGAAAACAGAAAUCCAACAACACUCGCUUCGGGUCGUUAUGGACAAAAUGAAGGAUGAUAUAGAAGAACUAAAGAAAGCCAUUGUGGACCCGAAACCUUUAAAUUCUUCUUUACAAAGAGUAUCACCACCGCCUUCAAAUCUGUUUGAAAAGAUUGGCUCGAGAUACUUCUACAUUGAAAAGCAUGAGCGUGCAAAUUGGUUUGCUGCAUUUAACAAAUGUCGUCGAUUCGGUGGAUACCUGGCUACAAUCAACGACGAGGAGGAACUACAGGCAAUCUACCCGAGAUUAGUUGCAGGUGUGUUUUGGUUGGACAUCACCUCAUUGGCCACAAAAGGGGUGUUUCUUUCUACACGCACCGGGCAACGUCCACCAUUCUUUAAAUGGGCAAAAGGGCGACCGAAUGACAAAAAUUUUCGUUGUGUAGAUCUGUACGGCACGGGAAUGUACAAUGAAAAUUGUUUUGAUCAAUACUUUUUUGUUUGCCAAAGUGAACAAUGAGACUAUAAACCAAUAUUUUUACGAUACGGUUGUUAUAUUUUGCCCGUUUUUUCUUUUGUAGUUCCAAAAAUCCUGACCAAACGUUAAAAUUACGACGAAAAUGUUUAACCUCAUUUAAAAAAAAAAAAAACAACUUUUGGGUUUAGAAAGCAAUGAAUAGAAAAAAAUUGAGCUGUGAAUAAAUAAAUUUUUAAUUUAUAAAUGCUUUUUGAUUUUUUAGCUAGACUUUUAUAUAAAAAUAUGCAUUAAAAAAGGGAAACUCUUCUGCAUUAUUUAUCAGUUUCAAACAAAAGUUCCCAGAGUAAAAAUCUUGUGCAAAGUUUCGUGAACUAAAAGAGAAAUGUAUGAAAAUAAAAGUAGACAGUUAACUUCA